AUGGCUGAGAACUUUGAUUACCUUGCUGAUGUGAAUGCAAAAAAUCUUUAUUGGAGUUUCAAGGUCUUUGUCGUUAGGGCAUGGGAUGUUCCAAGUAGAUUUAAUGACAAAGAGGUUAUGAGCAUGGAGCUGGUGCUUCAGGACAGUAAGGGUCAUAGGUUGCAAGCUUCGAUACCAAAACCAUUGGUUAAGAAGUGGAAGGAUGUCAUAGUGGAGUUUCAGAUGUACACGAUGAAAAAUUUUGUUGUUUUGGAUAACACUACAUACCCCAAGGUAACUCCGGAUAAAUAUAUAUUGGUUUUUUCACACCGGACCAGGGUUCAUCACGUUGAACAUCCAAGCUUUCCACUUGAUGCCUUUCGCUUGAAGUCAUUUAAGGAAUUGCUUAAUGCUGAUAAGUUGGACGACUCUGAACUUAUUGAUAUAAUUGGUGAGGUUGUAGGCAAAGAGGAUCCCAGAGAUUUGGUAACCAGCAAAGGGGUGGAGACUAAACGGUCGGCCAUAAUCCUACAAGAUUUAAACAACAAUAAAAUUAGCUGUGCUCUGUUUGGUAAAAUGGUAGACGAGCUUUUACCUCAUCUUCACGAUGGAAGGGUUGAACCCCUCAUUGUAGUGCUCCAAUAUUUUAAACCCAAUAGAUGGAAUGGUAAAACAUCUGUCCAGAGUCAUUUCUAUGUUUCCAAGCUGCACAUCAAUGAUGGUUUAAAAGAAGUUGUUGGAUUCCGAAAUAGAUUGCUUAGCGGAGUGGCUGCAAGUUCCUCAAGGAUUAGCCAAGUUUCAUCUCAGGGGGGAUGGUUUGGAGCUGAUGAGAUAAACCAAGGUGCUGUUUUGGUGAAGACUAUUGAGCAAGCACUUAAUGUUAAAGAGGAAGGUCCGAUAUGGAUAUGUGCAAGCAUUGUAUCUUUAAAUGUUGGCAAGGAUGAUUGGUUUUACAAAUCGUGCAGGAAAUGUCCAAAAAAAGUUGAUACUCCUAUUGGAAAUAGAUAUGAAUGUACCAAGUGUGGACACACUCAUGGUUGUGCUUCUUUGAGGUUCAAGGUACAGGUCAUGGUCCACGAUGGAACUGGGAGUAUCACCCUCUUGCUUUGGGAUAAUGAAACAACUCAACUUUGCGGAAAGAAAGCUGAACAAGUAAUGGAGGAUGAUGUUAUAGGUAACGAUGCUUAUCCACCCACCUUUGAUAACAUGAUGGAUAGGAAAGUUCUAUUUAAGAUUAAUGUGAAGUCUGCUAAUAUCAAGGGUUUUGAUCAAAUAUAUACUGUUAUGAAAAUUUGUGAUGAUGAGGAUAUAGUUGAGAAGAAUAUGCCCAAAGAGAUUGCUGAGAGUACAUCUACAUUUGUUACUUUUACACUGGAUGGAAUGGAAGAGUGUAUAUCAACCCUCAAAUGCAAAACUCCUGGUAAGAGAACUACCAGCCUCUUAAAUCCAGCCAAUCAAGGAAUGGAUGAGAAUGAGGAUGAAGGACAACUGUCAACUAAUAGAGGUGGCAGGAAGGGUGUAAAGAGGAUCAAGGCAAAUAUGACUCAAGUGGAGCAUUGA